AUAAGCCUCGGAAAGCUCGACAGCCAACCCCCCCUUAAAUGGCGACUCGUGUCCGGAGCCCCAGAGGAAGUUCGACACUUGUCAUCUCCCAGCGCGACUCGCAGAUUCGGUUCGAUCUCGGAGGGGAAAUCCAACUUGCCCGAAAUAGCAAUCGCAGCUUGCAGAAUGGGUCCUCAAAUGAACUUCCGAAACUUGGCCGAUGUGCCAGCAGCCGAAAGAAGCACCGGAGGGCAACCAGGAAUUCCCCCAUUAUCUCGACAAUCCUCAGUAUAUUCCUUGACUUUCAAUGAGUUUCAGAACACAUGGAGUGGACUUUCUAAGGAUAUUGGAUCCAUCAACAUGGAUGAGUUCCUGAAGAACAUAUGGACAGCUGAGGAGAGCCAACUACAGCUACAAGACAUGGCGCCUUCUGGUAAUGGAGGGGAAGGAGGUGGUCAAGUAGGGAAUUUGCUGAGACAGGGGUCAUUGACUCUGUCGCGGACUAUUAGUCAAAAAACAGUUGAUGAAGUGUGGAGAGAAUUAUUCAAAGAGACGGAGGAUGUGAAAGAAGGGAGUAGAGAAGGAGGUGACAUAAAUUUGCCACAGAGGCAACGGACUUUGGGAGAGAUGACAUUGGAGGAGUUCCUAGUGAGAGCCGGCGUUGUGAGGGAGGACACACAAAUGAUGGCAAGGCCUGGCGACAAUGGAGUUCAUGAAGAAAUGUCACAAUUCACUAGUAAUGGUCUCGCCAGUAGUGCGGCUGCUGGAAACGAUUUCAUAUUCUCUAGUAAGCCUGCUGGUUCAUCGUUAGAUUUUAUUGGAACUAGACCUACUCAGCUACAGCAACAACCACAGCCACAGCCGCUUGAACCACCGGCUCCGCUUUUUCCAAAGCCGGAAACUGUGUCAUUUGCAACCUCCGUGCAUCUACCAAAUACAGCUCAUAUAGCAAGUCCAGGGUCAAGGGAAGCGAUUGGAAUCACGCACUCAUCGUUCAACAAAGCAUUAGUUCACAGUGGUGCUAUGCAGGCUGGAGGACUGUGCUUGGGGGAUUUGGGCCGAGCAGGUUUCGCUGUUGAAUCUCCAGCAAAACUGGUAUCACCGGAUGCAAUUUCCAACAAUAGUACAGAUGUAUCCUCGUUGUCACCAGUUCCUUAUGCUUUUGGCCGUGGAAGAAGAUCCAAAGAUGGAUUGGAGAAAGCAAUUGAGCGAAGGCACAGGAGAAUGAUAAAAAAUAGGGAGUCUGCUGCCAGGUCAAGGGCUCGCAAGCAGGCCUAUAAUAUGGAACUGGAAGCAGAAAUCGCAAGACUGAAAGAGAUAAAUCAGGAACUACUUAGAAAACAGGCUGAAUUUAUGGAAAUGCAGAAAAAUCAGAUCUCGCAGAAGGUGAAUGGACUGUACCGGGAAGAUAAGAGGCAAUGUUGCUUGAAGAGGACGCUGACAGGUCCGUGGUAGAUUUGAUGGAUCGGACAGCAUGUAUUUAGUUUGAACCGAUUGCUAGAGCGUGGCAUUGUGUUUUUCGCUGCACAUCGUUGCUUAUUCCAAUCUUGUAUCGCAAAGGAUGCGUAUCACUUGUAAUAAGAGCAACGGCACUUGAUUUGUUUCGAGUAAUUAGCAAACUUUUUGCAUGGUAA